AAGCAAUUCAGGCGAAUUGAAUAUUUCUAAUAAGUAAAAUAAAUAUUUAUGUUUACUUUUGUGAUUUUCGAAAAGAAAUUCUUUUAUAAAGUAUAGUAGUAAUAUUUUCGAAAUUUGUGAAGAAUUGAAAAUUAGCUCGAAAAUGCGUGAUUUAUUUAAAUUAUUUGAUCGGCGUUACAGCGCCGUUAAUAUAAGUGAUACAAGUUUGCCAAGUAAUACAAACAAUACAGCAGAAGAUAAUUUGCAAUAUUUACAACAAAUUGAUUUCAAUCAUCGACAUAGAAAGAGUUUACAAGCUACUCGAUCAUUAAAGCAGGGAUUUACGAUUGUAGAUUCGUUCUUCAGUCAACGUAAAAGUGGAAGGCGUCAUCCAAAAUGUGCAUUUUUGUUGCUUGCCGCGGGAUUAUUUGCUAUUGGUACAUCGAUAGCCCUAUUUUUACUUCAACCAUAUGAAGCGAUUUUCAAGUGGAAGCUCAUCUUCGGAGAAGGUGGGGAAAUAUUUUCACUCUGGAAAAAUCCACCAGUUGAUAUUUAUAUAAAAAUUUAUUUGUGGAAUAUAACGAAUAGUGAAGCUUUCCUUAACGGACAAGAAAAGAUGCAUCUUGAAGAAGUUGGGCCGUAUGUGUAUAGAGAAUUAUUAUCUCACAGUGACGUUAUAUUUAAUAAUAACGGAACUGUUUCAUCAAUACCGAAACAUCCACUCGUAUGGGAUGAAGAACGGUCAAUGGGAAAUAGAGAAGAUGAUUUGUUCAUUUUACCAAACAUUGCACUUUUGAGUAUAGCACAAGUCGCAUCGGAAAAAAACUAUUUCUUUCGCUUACCUAUAAAUUUGGUUAUUAGACAAACUAAUAGUAAGUCUAUAGUAAAUGUAACUGCCAGAGAGUUCAUGUUUGGAUAUGAAAGCCCGUUAACAACUUUAGGAAAUCAGUUUCUUCCUGAUUGGAUAUAUUUCGAUAAAGUUGGGCUCAUAGAUAGAAUGUAUGAUUUUGUUGGCGAUUUCGAAACAUUUUACACUGGAGAAACAAAUCCAAGUAUUUCGGGUUUAUAUGAUACAUUUAUGGGUUCCAAAUAUUUAAGGCAAUGGGAAAAUGAACACUGUAAUAACAUUAACGGUGCUAGUGAUGGCACAAAAUUUAAAAGUUUCAUUGGACCUGAUGAACAGCUACUAUUUUUUAGGAAGAGUAUGUGCCGUCCACAAAGAUUGAUACGUGUCGGUAAUGCUACAAUUAAAUCAGAUCUUGAAGCGUACAAAUAUCAAUUUGAAGUAAACGCUAUGGAUAACGGUUUUAUUGAUGAGAGAAACAAAUGCUUUUGUCGCGAAGGAUACUGCCUUCCAGCUGGAUUACUUGACAUUAGUCCAUGUUAUUAUGGAUUUCCAAUUGCUUUAUCGUAUCCACAUUUCCUAGAUACUGAUGAAACCGUGAAAGAACAAGUGAAUGGAAUGAAACCUAACCGAAGCCAGCACGAAACAUAUUUUUAUGUUCAGCCUACAUCAGGACUGCCCUUGGAACUUAGUGUGAAAUUUCAAAUAAACAUGGCCAUGCGUGAUGUAAGCAAUAUGGCUAACGUAGAGCAGUUCUCAAAUAUCGUUAUUCCGAUGCUUUGGUUCGAUAUAACUUUAGAAAAACUUCCGGAAUCAUUGAAGAAUCGAUUUAAUAUUUAUCUUAAUAUUUUGCCUGUGCUUGUUGACAUUUGCCAAUACGGCUUCUUUGCAGUUGGCGUAACAAUGAUGUUAUUUGCAGUAGCACGAGUAACAAUGAAAUUGUCCAAUUCAAUUCAACCUUCACAUAAAGUAUCCAAACAACGCAAAUACUCAAGUAUAUAUCCAGAUAUGAUACAACGGCUGGGUGAUGUAGAAAAAGUUUUUGAAUUGAGCGAGAAAUCCAAAAAGAACAGCAUUAGUCGAGCGGAUUUGCUGCAGGACGCUGAAUUGAAUUCAGAAAAGAAAUUCAUGCUCGAAGACGAACCAGCCAUUUCCGAAGAUGAAAGUUCAGACAACGAAUCUAUAUCAGAUCGUAACAUCAAUACAAAUAUAAGUGAUGAGCUUAUGGCAACACAUUUAGAAUCAUCAGAUGCACAUUGGCAAAUGGGCCCAACCUCAUCUUGUAUUAAUGACAUUGCUAAUGACGAUUUUGCACCAAUUCUACACAUUGAAGAAAUAACGGAAGAUACCAAUAAUGAAAUAAUUUUCACAGAUGUGGAUAAUUCAAUGAAUAAUUCAAAUGUGUUGUCCGUUCCAAUCAUUCAUGCAUCCGCCUCCGACAGCAGUAUUUCAAAUAUCUUAGACUUUUUGGGAAAUAAUGAAACAACAGAAAAUCAAUUUCUUGGAGUUCCAAUCGCAAGUGAUCUGAAGUCUUCUGGUUCUGAUGUUAGCAUUUCAUUUUUUCUGGAUCGUGAGCAUAUCGGUGACACAUAUGAUGAAAACACCUUUGCAAAUGUAAAUGCCAAUGAUCUUUGUGAUAACAGAAGGAAAACAUCUAAUUCUAAUGUAACAUUCCAACUAGAUGAAUAGAAAUUAGUAUAUAAUACUAAAAUGAUCAAUGCUUGAACGAAUUAAGAAGAAAAAUAUAAAUUUUACAGUUGAAACAGGUUAUUUAUUGGGCAAUUAUGUUAUUAUUCUAUCUAGAAUUUGUAUCUGAUCAAAUCUUACCAAUUUUUCUUGGCAAUUUACUUACUAUAUAUAAAUUAUAUUUUUCAUACCAUGAUGAGUAAAAAACAUAUACCCAGGGCGUCUUCUUUAAUUAGAAGUAGUGAUCCUGGGAUUCCAGUACACUAAGGUGUAAAAAACAUAAUAAUCAAUACUCAUAAGAAAUUUGAUGCUGUCUUUGAAGUUAACUUUUUUCAUAGAUGCAAGUAAAAUUAUUCAUUUUUGUAAAUAAAAUAUUUGUGUUCAGUAA